GUUCCCAGUUCAAAUCCACACAUCAUCCCGGGACAGUCGGACAGCAUCCACAGACAAAAUCCGUGUUUUGUUUUCCUAGAAUCCCGGAACAGAAGAGGAAACACUAAAGAAAGAAAGAAACUGAGCAUGGCCAGCUCGCACUGCUUUGAGAACCCGCCGGCGCUGAACCCGGCCGGCGGAGUCGGCGAGGUCGUCGAUGACUUCGGCGGGAUGAAGGCCUACGUCGCCGGCUCCGCGGGGUCCAAAGCCGCUGUCGUCCUCGUCUCCGACGCCUUCGGGUUCGAAGCGCCAAACCUGAGGAAGAUAGCCGACAAAGUUGCUUCGUCUGGUUACUUUGUUGUGGUGCCAGAUUUCCUGCAUGGGGAUCCAUAUGACCACAGCAACCCCAACAAUCCUGGAAUGUGGAUGCAAUCACAUAAUCCGCAAAAAGCAUUUGAAGAGGCAAAACCAGUAAUUGCUGCUAUAAAGGAGAAGGGAGUGCCGAACAUAGGGGCUGCUGGCUAUUGUUGGGGUGCAAAGGUGGUUGUCGAGCUGGCAAAAGUUCAUGAGAUCCAGGCUGCUGUAUUGUUACAUCCUUCUUUAAUAACUGUUGAUGACAUCAAAGAUGUCAAAUGUCCCAUUUCUAUACUUGGAGCUGAAAUCGACAAGUUAUCCCCGCCUGAAUUGUUAAAGCAGUUUGAGCAGGUUCUUUCAGCUAACUCGGGGGUCGACCACGUUGUCAAGAUUUUUCCCGGAGUAGCGCAUGGGUGGGCUGUGAGAUACAGCGAUGAAGACGCAGCAGCUGUCAGUAGUGCUGAUGAAGCUCUGCAAGACAUGAGCCACUGGUUUAACAAGUACCUAAAGUGAAAUCUGAAGUUGCAGCUCUCCGUGUAAUAAUCCUGACAGUGAUCAUUAUCCAGCCAUACCGUGUUUGUGCUGAUAUGGUUCACUAGGACCUGCGUCUUGGUUGGGUAGGUGGUACUGUUUCUAUACUUAAGCUUCUGCUUGUGUAUGCAUGCUACGUAAUUAGCAGCACACCUUUUUGUCGUACAAUUAUUUUCUGCCAAUGAAUUAAGAACUGCGCUUCAGUUGAGUUUGUGUCA